UUUGCAGUAUCUUUUAAGUUAAACUGAAAGAAAUAAGAAGGUAAAAAACCAAAUUAAGAAAAAUGCAGGCUGUGAAGGAUAAGCUACAUGAUAUGACUACCAUGCGUAAGGUCAAGGCAGAAACAAAGGCUGAAGAGAAGGCUGAGAAGGACAUAGCCAAAGCUAGAAUGGAUGUAGCUCGUGAGGUUAGGUUGGCAAAAGAGGCUGAAGCAGAAAUGGACCUACAUGUUUCAAAAGCAGGGGAGAGGGUUGAAAAAGAAAUUGCGAAGCAUACACCAUCUAACAAUCCAAAUGCUAAUAGUGAGGGCAUGAAUCCAGUGGUGGGUGAUCCUACAAUGGAAACAGCAAAUGGACCCACAUAUACGGCUACAUGAAAAUGUGGUUCAAACAUAUAUGGAGUAUAUAUCCAGCUAAUAGAAAGCUUUUGGUGUCUAGAAAAUAGAAAUCAAAUAAAAUUGAUUAGGGUGAUUUAUGGGAUUUUUUUUCUUUUGUGGAAAUAUUUCUAUUGUAUUAAUUCCAUUGUAUAUUUCUCAGGCAUUUCUCUUGAACUGUCUUAAAAUAAACUCUUGAUUUUGUAAAA